GUGUUGUACCAUGAAAUUGUAUCACAUGCGCGAGUUGUAAGCGCCUGCAUCCGAGCUGCAUCAGAAAAGCAUCAGGGGCAGGUGUAUCUGCAACAACAGCAAGAAGAAGAGCAACAGCUGCAAUCGUUCGACAGUUGCGGCACAACAAUAGCGGAACAAAGCAAUUCAUCACUCACAUCCAACGAAGAGGAACCACCAGCGACAAAGGCAGCAACAGGUGAAGGGGAACAAGCCAGCGACGAAUUGAGCAGCGACAGCAGCAGCAGCGGAAUUGAAACUGCGGAAAAGUCAUCCCUGUCGCCGAGGAAAUCAUCUGCUAGGUCAGCCACUGGCUCUCCUGAGCUAGCGGAAAGUUCUUCCAAGAUUGUUGAGGAUAGCUUGGAUCGCUUGCAGAACCGUUAUCACUUGUUAUAUUUGAAGGCAUUCGAGGUGCAACUUUGGCUCGACGGUUUACUGCGCAAGAAAAGCUCGACUGCGAGCAUUGCUGAUGCUGCCGAUUAUGAUGAUGGUGGUGAUGACAUAGCAGAAUGCAACUCUUCAGAUGAUGAGGAAGAAGCCGCUGCAACAGAAGACGAUUUGAAUAUUCUUGGUUCCGGAAUCGAGAGCGAUAUUACACAUAACUCUUCAUCAGUUUGUGAACUACAAAAUUGCCCCGAUUUGGAAGAAGGUCGCGAUUGUGACGCCACCAAGGGCGACUGCGCAGACGGCGACGACGAAGGAGAGGAGGACGAAGACGAUAUUCAGUUCGGUCGUUCCAGGCUUAGCUGGCCAGUACGAGGUAACUUCAGCACCGUCUUGGUAACGUUCGACAAAAGAGGAAGCUUUGGCGACGCAGCACGCGCAACCACUCUCACCGACUUCGAGGCCGAUUCGGAAAACAGUGACUGGGAAACAACGCAACACCAGGUGUCCACUCAACGCAAGCCAUACAACGCCACAGUAUGCUCUAAGAAGCGAACAGAAAAUGAAGCGAUUUCAAUGAAUUCAAAGUCAUUCGUCACACCGCUGAUGGGCGAGGAGAGUGCCAACAACGACAUUACCCUAACACAGUCAGACAUUAACACCUCUGCGACUGCCCCAGUCAGCCGUUGCCACCAGGCUCAAGAUGCCGUCGACGGCGUGUUAGACGUGUAUGACCAGCGGGAGAUCGCGUCCGCCACUGCAUCAUCGAUGUCGAUGAAAACGAAAAUGAAUAACUCGCACACAGAUGGCGACGAGCAACAAAUGCUAGUCCCGAUGAGCGCGUCGUCCACUGUAGCCGCCAAUGUCACAACAAUUUCCAACGCUAGCAUCAACACCAUCUCGACGGCAACGCAGACCCAGCAGAAACUGCAAACCUUGCACAAUAACAAACAGGUUGGCGGCGCACCGAUCAAGCAAAAGAGCAUCGCCGUCAUUUCACCCAACAACAGUCACAACAAUAAAUCGCCGACCGUGUUGCGCAAACGGCAGCAGCAACACCACACCGACAUCUCCAAGUUUAAUCGAUCUAAUCGUAAGUCGAAAAAUUGUGCCGUUUUCUACUUCAAACACCUGGACACCGACAACGAGACGAACUGUAGCAGCUUUGGCGACGCCGCCGAUGCCGAUGCAAGUGGGGGCCAGCCCGACAGUCGGGACUUGUCGUCUUCGACUUCACAGACAAGCGAACAUCACUUGCUGAAAUCCGCUGACGCAUCAUCUGAUGACGACGGCGGCUGGUUGUAUUCGUCCGUCUUACCGCCGCCGCAAAGGAACGACGAGGUGACUGGCGAAUGGGCCACUGAAGCAAACGGCGACAAAAACAACAGCAGCAACAGCAACAGCAUCACCUGCAUAGUCAUCGAUGGAGUCCAGUCGUCGGCCGUGUCAUCCAGCACAGCAGUAACGACAACCAUCGCGAGGACCAUUGCCAUCGCCAGUGACGACUCAGACAAGGAGAACAAGGAAGCCCGCGCCGCAACACUAGCUGCGGCCGCACUCAUCGUCCCUCAAGUUUCAGAUAUCAACUCAUCGUCAUCGUCGCAAGGUGGCACACAAAUCGCACACGCCGAAAUUCAGUUGACUGCUGCUGCACAACCAACAACAACAAAACUAGCAACAGCGUCGUCUGCAGCACAGCAGUUUGUGGCCAAAAGCGGCGUCAUCAGUUGCGGCAGUGGCAGCAGCAGCAGCUACAGCACCAGAAGUAGCAGCUGCUCCUCCAACGAUUUGCUCACCGAGACAACGUCGGCCACCAACACUACGCAAAUCACACAAAUGCAUUUCCAACGCUUGCAUCGCACGGAGAUGGAAUUGCAAAUCGAUGGCAACUGUAACAAAUCCGAACAAAUGACGGAGGCGCGUGCAACCAGCGGUGGUGGUGGUGGUGUAACCACCAACAAUUCCCAUAAUAACAACACAAAUCAUAAUAAUAACAAUAAUAAUGAUGUUAACAACAACAACAACAGAAACAAGGACAACAGUGCCAACUCUAACGCCAAUAAUAAUCAGCAGUAUGCUGCUGUUAUGAUGCACCAAAGGCAACAACAAUGGCCAUUGCUGCAACCACAGCAUUGCGAGCAAUUCGAUAUUUCCAAUGGAAAUGGACAAAAGAUUGAACUGCCGUAUUCGGUUCGUUGCCGCGCUAAACACGGUGUUCCUUCAACAAAUAAAACUCAAAAGAAACAUAAACAAACGCAGCAGUCGGAGGCCAGAAGAGGUCUAUUGCCUCCCCGCUCGCCAAAUAAGUCGACGAAGGCGCCACAGUCGAAAGCGCGUGAAAGUGACGACGCCAGUGCAAUUAACGUCACAAAGGGUAAACUCUCGCAUGAAUCAAUCAAACAGCUGGUACUUGAGGCAGAGCAUUUAGUACGUGACGCCGAAGCGUUGAAGACGCCGAGCAAGCAGAAACAGAAGCAUUCCGUCAUCAAAUUAUCGUCAACGGUGAAAAAACGAGAGGUGAUCAUGCCAGGCCCGAUCAAACAACGUGUCCAAGAAUGGCUGGAGCACCAACCAUCAACGCCUACCCAAUUGCACAGAAAUCCCACAGAUGAGUUGCAUAGCAGCACAAAUGCAAAAGCAGGCGAUGACUGUGAAGCUUCGGGAGAAGCAUCGGAGACAGACUCCGUUCCGCAACCUGGCUCGGAUACAUCCGAGGGGCUCACUGAUUCCAUAGCUACCUGCAUGCAGACGAGCACAAACUCUUUUGGUGGCAAUUCCACUGAAUGCUUCGGAGGUUCUACAGAACCUAUACUCAGUCCAACGACUGUACUGGGCUACGGAAGCAGUAAUCAGAGCUUGAACGUAAAGAUUGUUAAGCGGGCACAGACACGCCGCAAAUCGGAACGACCGUGGUCGGUGUCGUGUUUGUCGCAACUGACCACCGACACAGUGCAAACGGCGACAGCUGUGGCGACAGUAAGCAACGUACAGACCGGCCUCGCCACUCACUCGAUUAGUGAGUCGGCGCUGGACUCUCUAUCGCCUGGCCGCCAACGCGCCUCCUCCUCGUCCACCACCAAUGUUACCCAAGUAAAAGCGUGCAAUAGUAAGGGUUCAUUGAAACGGCGCAAAACGCGCAAAAAGAAAAUGUCCAUUGGUGCGAAUAUUGGACUAGUUACACCAAACGCACAUUCUGCUGGGCACAAAACGCCUGACUCCGGGUCGGAGCACACCGCCGAGGUGCCACGCCUCGCCCAAACGCUACUCAUGAAGUCGUGUGAAUCCAUGUCGGCUCAACAAAUUCGCGAGAUAACGAACGCGCUAUUGAGCCUGCAACGCGGUAGUGGCACAAUGUCAAACGAGGGCGCCAUGGGCGGCAGCAGCGGUGCCACGCAACACUCAUUGGGACAGCCACAGCAGCAGCAGUACGAAAUUCAGCAUCAGCAGCAGAACGAUAGUGGCGGGGAGGCUCAAUUAAUGAAGCCCAACUUCCGCGUGGGCUCCUAUACCACGGCGUACAUGCGCAACGAGAAACGGUUGGGCUCGUUAGCGGCUUUGGCCACAUACAUGAAUGACGAAGAAGAAGAACAGCAAGGAGCUGCCACACCAGUGCCCCAGAAGCACCGAGAUUACACCACCGGCACUGACGAUCACCACAGCAGUUUCUCGGAAACGGCCUGGGACAACUAUCAAGAGAAAUAUAACUCGGAGAACUACUCUGAGGGAUUUGAUUCGGAUGCAGCCAGAAGGCUUAUGGAAUUUGGUGAUGAUUAUCGAAAUUUCAUCGAUUCGCAGUCAGACUGCUGUUCUUCGCUGUCAGCUGCCAACAACGUAGAUUCACUAUCGCCGCCACGUAUGGACUCGUUGCAACAAACGGACACGAAAACUAUCACACAAGACACAAUCGCCAACAGUGUAGACCAUGCCAGACGUCGCCGUGCACUUGACUUGGAAUACGAAAGAAGACGCAAAACAUUAGAGGUUCGUCGCAAAUCAUGCCAAGACUCAUCUGAGGUACAGAACGCACGCGGUUCCUCCCUGUCCUUGUCAGCUUCUUCGGCCAAUGUUGUUACUCCCAAAGGUGGCAUUGAGAAAUUGAAUCAGCAACAGAAAUGCGACUCGGCCAGUCGCAAAUUGGAAUUUGGCAUGAGUCAUUCAGCACAGUCCUUGCGUCGCACAUCGGAAAGUGACACAUCAACUCGUCGUCGUAAAGUGGAUGACCGUCGUCGCUCUUCCCGCAACGUGGAUAAAUGCAUCAAAGUGAUCCCGGCCACUUCCUCAUCCAGUUGUGAUGACUCUGACGAUGAAAAGGAAAUGCGCAAUUUACUGCAACAAAGCCGCAAUCGUUUGGAAGACACUGGCGCAUUGAAAAUACGCUGCCACCUUUUGCGCCCUGAGGACUACACGGAGAUCAUCAGCACUUGCCGUGACAAUAUACGUUGUCUGGAGGCCGUACUCCGUGGUCCGCCUGGCACGGUGCUCUCUGCACAGUGUGCCGGCCAGACUAAAGGUGAGUUGGCUAUUUGUAUUCACCUCGAUUGCAAGUGUGCGCCCAUUACACGAUUCAUAGCGCGGACAAUAGACUUUUUAUCGGACGUUAGUAAUAUGCUGAUGUACUUUACGCUUUAUCGCUUUCUUGUAAGCACGCUAAAGAGUCUUGUACUCAUUAGCCAACUGUAGCGUGCCAUUUUUCAAAAGAUUUUUUUAAAUAACAAAAAACAUCGCCCGCCAGCAGCGCACCUCUAUUACAUCUUUAGAAUUGUGAAUACUUUGUGACCUUAUGGUUUUUAAAACUAAACAAAUGUAUUAUUUUUACAUUCCCACGCAUGUAUACAUUCUUCAUAUAUACAUAUUAUGUAAGUUGCUAUAAUCGGUAUUGUUUUUGC